AUGGGGUUCCAUAAGCGGGCUGCAGCAGCCGGUGCCUCGUCCAUCAUCCAGGUCUCGAGCCGGCGGCUCGUGAAGGCCUCCGACACGUCCAUCCAGCCGCACGUGGCCGCCGUCUCCCACCUCGACCUCAUCACCAACUGCGCCCAGGCCUCCGUGAGAUGCGUCUACCGCAAGCCCACAAAUGGAGACCUGGGCUGCUUCUCCGCCGUCGUGGCCGCCUUCGAGGCCCACUUACCUUCCUUGCUCAACCACUUCUUCUCCCUGGCCGGCCGCAUCGUAAUCGACCGUGCCACCGGCGUCCCGGAACUCCACUGUUUCAACCAGGGCGCCGAGCUCGUCGUGGGACACGCGGACCUGGAGCUCUGCGGCAUGGACUGGGGCCUGCCGGAGGAGUCCCUGGGCAGGAUCCAGGUGCCGUACGCGGAGGACCUGCCGCUGUCGGUGCAGCUGCUGUCCUUCGCCUGCGGGGGCUUCGCCGUCGUCUGGGCCACCAACACCCUGAUCGGCGACGGCAACGUCGGGGUCAUGCUCGUCAGGAUGUUCUCCGAGCUUUCCCGCACGGGGACGCUCUCCUGGGGCGGCCCAACCCACGACAGGUCCGUCUUCAGCAAGCCUCGCGACCCGCCGUCGUACGGCACCAAGGUGGCCUCCAUGUUCACGCCGUGGGACCACGAGCACCAGGUGAACGCGCUGACGGCCGAGGAGAGCUUCGUGGGGCGGCUCUACUACGUGGAGGCCCAAGACAUCGCCAGGCUCCGUGCCGAUGCCGAUGCCGAUGCCGGUGCCGGUACCGGCCGGCAGCGCGCGGCGACAAGGGUCCAGGCCAUGUCGGCGUACCUGUGGAAAGUCCUCGCACGCAUCGUGGCCACGUCGAAGCUGUUGUCCGAGGACGAGAAGCGGUGCCGGCUGCUGUGGUGGGUGGACGGCCGGCGCCGGUUCUCGGCCCCGGAGCUCCGCGCCAGGUUACAAAACUACGCGGGCAACGUGACCUCCUACGUGGUGGCGGACGCGGCGGCGGACAGAGUGCUGGGCGAGCCGAUGUCGGGCGUGGCCGGCAUGGUGAGGGACGCCAUCGCGGAGGUGGACUACGACGAGAUGUACCAGCAGAUGGUGGACUGGAUGGAGGUGCACAAGCCGGGGCGGUUCGUGGAGACGAGCACCGUGGGUUUGGGCAGCCCCACGCUGGCGCAGACCAUGUGGUCGUCGUUCAAGGAUGAUACCGACUUCGGGUUCGGCAAAGCCGCGCUCGCCAUGCCGGCCGAGUCGAGCCUUGGUAGGCUGUGCAUGGCCAUGCUCUCCAUCUCGGCGAAGCCCGGGGACCCUGGGACGUGGCUCGUCAGCGCCUGCAUCUGGCCGCGUCUCGCCGCCGCGCUCGAGUCCGACCCCCAGCGAAUCUUCAAGCCUCUUAACGCCGAGUACCUCGGCUUCACCCAUGCUGCUGCCACUGCCAGACCUCGCCUCUGAUUGUCCAUCGUCUUCCAUUGUCGUCCCCUCGA